GCUGUGUGCGUGCGUGUGUGUGGAUGAUGCUCGAGCAUACAGCGGGGACCAGGGCCGCUCCAGUGCCGCACUCACACUGAACCCUCUCCGCGCGCACCAGCUGACGUGUUUUGCGCAUUUCCUGCAGCAGCCUUCAGACACACACAGUCGGGAGAAAAAGAGGCAGGUCUGCAGGAAACCGAGUACACACAGACAAAAACGAUCCUGAGAGACCCACGACAGUACGGAACCCUUGAAAACCACCAUUCUCCUAUCUAUCUGGUGUGAAUGUAAGAAGCUUUGCGGGGAAAACUUUCCUCGCGUUACGCGGAGGAGACCUGGCUGGACAAACGCAUCCCCCGUGCUCCAGCCAGAAGAGGGGAACACGGGAGAGGUUCGUGGUUCACCAGAAGGACUUCGAGCAUUUGUUUCAGGCUUAUUUUAAGGUGUGGAAUGCUAUCUGACCGUUUUAACCCCAACUUACAUUGCUCAUUGUCGCCUGGGGGUUUGGGGAGCUUCAACAUCAGGGUGUUCACAGAUCACAGCAACAGAUUCCCUGACAUUGGCUGGACCUUCUUGAAAAUACACUUUGCAUGCGAAGAAAGGCAUUCACACGUUUCAUAACGAGAACACAAACCAGCAGCGGACAACUAGUUGAAUAAUUAACCAGGCGCUGAAGCGGAAUAUUGUUGGAAAAGUGGCUGACUCGGUAACGCCAUGGUGGUUUUCAACGGUCUGUUGAAGAUCAAGAUCUGCGAGGCUCUGGACCUGAAGCCCACAGCCUGGUCUCUGAGACACGCCGUCGGACCCAAGACGCAGACCUUUCUGCUGGACACCUACAUAGCCCUGAACGUGGACGAUUUUCGCGUGGGUCAGACCUCGACCAAGCAGAGGACGAACAGUCCCGCCUGGCACGAUGAGUUUGUGACGGAGGUGCACGACGGCCGCAAGAUCGAGCUGUCCGUGUUUCACGACGCGCCGAUUGGAUACGACGAUUUUGUGGCCAACUGCACCAUUCAGUUCGAGGAAUUGCUGCAUAACGACAGCAAACACUUCGAGGACUGGAUAGAUUUGGAGCCAGAGGGAAAGGUCUUUGUUAUUAUUGACUUGUCUGGAUCAUCCAGUGAAGUAAGAAGCUGUGAGAAUGAGGAACGCGUGUUUCGUGAGCGCAUGCGUCCCAGGAAGAGGCAGGGAGCUGUCCGGAGAAGGGUGCAUCAGGUCAACGGACACAAGUUCAUGGCCACAUACCUGAGACAGCCCACCUACUGCUCACACUGCCGUGACUUUAUCUGGGGCGUAUUAGGAAAGCAGGGUUAUCAGUGCCAAGUGUGCACCUGUGUGGUUCAUAAACGUUGUCAUGAGCUGAUCAUCACUAAAUGUGCAGGCCUAAAAAAACAGGAUGACACCACAGAAGAGGUGGGCUCACAGCGCUUCAGCGUCAACAUGCCUCAUAAGUUCAGUAUUCACAACUACAAAGUCCUGACAUUCUGUGAUCACUGCGGUUCAUUGCUGUGGGGUCUGCUGCGGCAAGGGCUUCAAUGUAAAGUUUGUAAGAUGAAUGUUCACAAACGUUGCCAAAGCAAUGUAGCUCCUAACUGUGGAGUAGACGCCAGGGGCAUCGCUAAGGUGCUGUCUGACCUUGGAGUCACUCCGGAUAAACUCUCCGGCAGCGUACAGAGGAGAAAAAGGAUCUCUCAGGGUCCAGAACCAAAUCCCUUACCCAUAACCCCACAGAUAGAAGAAGAUCGAUCCAAAUCGGCACCCAACUCACCGUGUGAUCAAGACUUAAAGGAUCUGGAGAACAUCAGGAAGACGCUGUCAUUUGACCAUCGAGGUGAAGAGCUGAAGACGGACCUGUGCUCCUCACUGAAUGAGGAAAUCUCGAAUGAAUCAGAGGAGAAGAGAGAGAACGGAGAACUGAGGACGGCCGAGGUCAAACGGAUGAGUCUGAAUGAUUUCUCCUUCAUCAAAGUGCUCGGGAAAGGAAGCUUCGGCAAGGUGAUGUUGGCUGAGUUAAGAGGUACAGAUGAGGUUUUCGCAGUGAAGGUGUUGAAGAAAGACGUCAUUCUGCAGGAUGAUGAUGUGGACUGCACAAUGACGGAGAAACGCAUCCUAGCUCUGGCCAGAAAACACCCUUACCUGACCCAACUCUUCUGCUGCUUUCAGACCAAGGAUCGUUUAUUCUUUGUCAUGGAAUAUGUCAACGGCGGAGACCUGAUGUUCCAGAUCCAGCGUUCCCGGAAGUUCGAUGAAGCUCGUUCACGGUUUUACGCUGCAGAGGUGACGUCAGCUCUCAUGUUCCUGCACCAUAACGGAGUCAUUUACAGGGAUUUAAAACUAGACAACAUUUUGCUGGAUGCAGAAGGUCACUGUAAGCUGGCAGAUUUUGGCAUGUGUAAGGAGGGAAUUCUGGACGGCAUCACAACCACAACAUUCUGUGGCACGCCAGAUUAUAUUGCACCCGAGAUCUUGCAGGAGCUGGAGUACGGCCCAUCAGUGGAUUGGUGGGCUCUAGGUGUGCUGAUGUACGAGAUGAUGGCUGGUCAACCUCCAUUUGAAGCAGAUAAUGAGGAUGACCUCUUUGAGUCUAUUCUCCAUGACGACGUCCUUUAUCCAAUCUGGCUCAGCAAAGAUGCUGUCAGCAUUCUUAAAGCGUUCAUGACAAAGAGCCCCAGUAAGCGGCUGGGUUGCGUUGUGUCUCAAGGACUGGAGGAAGCUAUUAAACUUCAUCCGUUCUUCAAAGAGAUUGACUGGGUACUGCUGGAACAGAGGAAGAUCAAGCCGCCGUUCAAACCACGCAUUAAAACCAAAAGGGACGUCAAUAAUUUUGACCAGGACUUUACCCGAGAGGAGCCGGUGCUCACGCCAGUGGAGGACACCAUUAUUAAACAGAUCAACCAGGAUGAGUUCAAAGGCUUCUCCUACUUCGGCGAAGAGACCCUGUCUUAAAACUGAAGCCUGUGUCUUCUGCGCUGUACUUUUUACACAUGUUGCCAUAAAGGCCUUGUGUGCCCACACGCCUUGAACUCACUGCAGACCAUCAUUUGCCAAGAAUCUGAUGCUUUUAUUUAAAUAUAGAGAGUUAGUAAUUUCCUGCUGAAGCCCUUCAAAAGUGACACUCAGCGAGCCUGAUGAGUGAAGUAUUUAAUGGAUGUAAUAAAACACUGAGCUACACAUACAGUAUGAUGGCGUAUAGUUCGUUUUUUACGUGUAUGUGAGGAUACACGCACAGCCUUGCAAGGCAUUUUUAUUUGAAUCAUACGCAUGCACAUUAGGGAUGUGCAUCGAUGCAUCGCGCUCCCAUUAAAAAGACCUGUCUGAAAUGGAUUCUGAAUCGUAAGGCUCCGAUUCAGUGUUUCAUGCACAGCUUGUGCAUGUACUACGGCUCUGUGAUCAGUAGGAAGUCCUUAUCAAUCUAAAAUCACUACAAGUUUGACUCGUUUAUAACGUGCAUUUAAAAAAGCAACACUCGUCAAACACAAUCAUUUAAAAUAUUCUUUAUUAUCAUGAAAAUACCUGAAACAAUCUGAAGAACAGCGAUAUAAAUAUUCCUUUAGACAUUUCCUGGAAUAGUGUUUGGUAUACUACUUCUUCUGUGGCACAAAUGGUGUUUCUAAGCGAGAGCGCCCCCUGGCUUUUGGAUGUGGCUGCAUUUCACCGUAAUUCAUUCAAAUUCAUUCAUUGAGAAAACGCGCAUUUGCCCGAUUAAUUGUCACAACCCUAAUGCACAUACUUUCAACGCAUGCGGUUUGUGACAAAUUGCAAUGCUUUUCCUGGCCUACAUACUCGCAUGCGCAUUCUGUGCGUAUGACGUAGACACGGAUUUGAAAAAUCCACCGGUGUACGCUGACCCUCACAUAUGCGUAAAAACAGACCUAUACUUGAGUUUUCUGCUGAAAAGUUCAUUUUUCUCCACAGUGUGCCCCUCAAUGUAACACAUAAACUGUACACUAUGUUUUUGUCAGUUUUGAAAUGCAAAAACCAAAUGUUAAGAACCAAUGAUUGUAUCGGAAAUGUAACGCUAUGAACGUGCAUGCUGGAAAAUUAAUGCGCUCAACGUUGGGAUCACAUGAUGGUCUGUUAGCCAGCGAUUGAUUGGAGGGUACUAGAAAGAGGUUAUGCACAGACCGGUCAAGUGACCACCUCGCCAUUUUCAUUUGAAAUAGCAGUGUUGACAUAAACUCAUGUUGUGAGUGUGUUUACCUACAUACUGGAGGGUAAUGUUACAGAAGUGCCCCCUUUAGCGUGUUUGAUUUUGUGUGUGUGUGUGUUUUAUUAUAUUACUGGAUUGUCUUGUUGCUAGGAUGUGAAAAUUGUGGAUGCAAUGCAACAGGACCCAUAAUAAUGAUUGGGUCAGGACAGUAGCCAAUCACAUCUCUCUUUGCAUACACGUCCUGGUCACCCUGAUUGUGAACUUCUCUGAAAAUAGACCAAACAUCUAUUGCAUGGUUAUGCGUAUGAUAUUAUUGUGUAUCACUAGAAAAUGAGAAACUGUUAUGUGCAAUAUUUUAUGUAUGUGUGACGGUCUGGUUUUCUUAUGGUUUAUUAUGAUUUUCAUUUUUUUUUUAUCUGAUGCCAGUUGCAGAUAGGUUGUGAAGCCACGUGACAUCAGGCACAGGUCCUUUAUUUUUCGUGCUGCUGCAGUCCUGGUGUUUUAUACACUUAAUCAAAAUGAAGCUCCUAUGGCAACAAGGUAUAUACUGUACAGAUGAUCUUCCAUUGUUUAGCACAACUGAGGCACCAAACUUUCUCAUACCCUAUGGUUGCACCUAUCUGACACCUGCAAAAAUAAAUGUGCAUUAAAGAACCUUGGUAUUAUGAAAAACUGAUAUUGACUGCAAGGGGUUCUAAAAUUUCUCUAUGGCUCAUUGGAGAUUAUUAGGCAUUAAACUGUAGGUUUUUCAGAUGUGAAUAUCAUGAAACUGAAAAGUGGCUUCAGGCUGUAAAGUUUCGCAGGAGUGCAUUUUAUUAUAAAUAGUGAAAACAUGUUCACAAUACAAUCAACAUUUUAAAACAGCAUUUCAUCACGGGUUUCUUAUAGUUUAAAUAAAUGUAUUUAUUUCCGUUAUCACUUUUCUGUAUAAUCUUAAAUGCAUAUUUCAUGUGUUUCAGUUUCUUUUCACUUGUGUAGCAUGUUUUCUUAAAGCAUGUUUGGCCUCAGUUGUGUACUUCUGAACUAAUGUCUGUUUGCCCUUAAGGGGCAGAGUCCCCUAACAUGAGCUUUACUGUCUAACUCCUGCCAAAUACCUGUUUCCUAAUGCACACUUCAUAAUACUAUUUCAGAUUUCAUGAGUGAUGUGGGUUUUAUUUUUGUGCGGGGGGUGCUUGCUUUUAAAAUGACUUUACUUUGGAAACACAUUGACAAGUUCCAGAUAAAUAAAUGUAAACACACCUAAAAAAAAGUACCUCGUUGGUAAAACGUGAAUACAGUAUUUGUACAUACAGAGGUACAGUGCAUAUUAAUAUAAGUUAUAUUAGUGUUUUAUGUCACUGUAAGUAUCAUAGAUGUGUAUGUAUUUGUUUUUUUUAUUGUAUUGUGCAGCUUCAUUUGUACAGUCGUAAGAUAUUAUUUGUCUUUUUUUGACAUCUGCGAUGCAUCACUGUCAUGUCAUUUUACACAUUUUACUGUGUGCCAAAUGUACUGUACUUAAAGGAUGUGAAUGUGCAUUGUUUGGCUUGUAACCUAUUAAAUAAGAUGUCGAAAACACAUCGAUGUUCAAAAUUGGUUUCCAGGCUGGUGGCUAUAAAGUAGUCAACAUGUUCAA